AUUGAACGCAAAAACUCUACGCUAUCUGAAUGUUUGGUUUCUUAAAACAACUCGUUUCACGGGUCAAUACAGCAAGCUGAUAAACAAGGUUAACGAGUAGGUUAUUUGAUUUUAAACGAACAUUAUGAAUAGGUAAAAUAAUGACAAAAUAAUGAUAUUUACACAUUCGAUUUGUCUACGAGUGUUGCUUAGAUAUCUACAAGGUGAAAACGAUAAAUGAUCUCACUCAAUAAUUUCUAAACUUUAACAUAGACAUCAACAAACUAGUCACUGAUCCUGAAAGUGCUUCAUGAGUUCUAUGAAACGGUAUCAAUAACAGGUUGUGUAGUUUAGAAAAUCUAGUGAGAUCACUUAUCGUUUCUACCCUGUAUACGCCACAGUAGCAUUGCUACUUGAGUAUACACGUACAUUUACUCGUAAACAUGCUCCAAUUGCGUAUUAUCAGAUCCUUGCUAUUGGUUCCAAGAAACCAGGCGCAAGUCGUUCGUCUAAAGUUACUAAACGUUGCCUAUUAGUAAGUGAUCGUGGCUUGUUUGUGUAUAAUACCUUAAGGAAAAACCUUUUCUUACCAGUCUUGUAGGGGAGACCAAGAAUGCGUGGCAGUGAACAUAACCCGGAUAGAAGUGCCAGCUCUGGUGGAAGUGGGGACGAACUAUGUAAUCUUGGACUGCGAGUACAGCACCGGACAGCUAAGCCCCGCGCCUGGUCUGGUCAUGAAGUGGUUCUUCAACGGGUCCGCCAACCUGGUCUACCAGUGGAUACCGCCCAUGCGCCCGCAGGUCAUUGGCCUGCUGAAAGGAAAAGUUGACUUGAAUUUUAGGAUCUCUGAGGAGCCAUUGCAAGCGUACCGAGCCAUUAAAAUAUUGAGACCCACCACGGAUCUGAGUGGAAACUACACGUGUGUCGUCUCUACAUUUUUGGAGGAAGACCGACAAACCAGAUCCAUGCUAGUUUAUAGUACCGGCAAGAGAUUUAGUUUUAUUCAAGAAAAGAAAUAUGUGUUUCUGGUCACACUUAUUUGUGUCGCUGCAGAUUUGUACCCACGACCAGUGAUGACUAUUUUGUCACAGGGAAAGGCUUUGAGUCAGGCCGUGACAGACAUGAGAAUGGACUCGUGGGGUCUGUACACCGUGGAGACGCAGGCGGUGGUGCACGACGAUGACGUGGCGACGCCCUGGGAGGAGUUCGUUUGCGUCCUUAGUCUCCCGUCCACUAACUACACUGUUAACCUAACUACGAUAUAUCAUCCAGGCUUGAUGCCGACUGCGUAUAAAGAAGCUCCUGAAGUAGAGAAGCCUCAGGAACGCCUAGCAAAUGAAAAUGGUGCCCCAACAUCGGCGCCAUCGAUCAUCUUCAUAGUGUAUAGAAUACUUACAAUUGUUUUAAAUUGUUUUGACUAUACAUGAAUAUUAUAAACUUUCUAUUGAAUUUAAAUAAAAGUACUUAUAAAAAUAUAUACGUAAGAAUGGCUGCACCUAGUAAUUAAGACUAAGUUUUGUUUGACUUAUCUUUUAAAGAUAAAUGCUAUAAAAACUUUUUAUUUCCUCUAAGUCCUGACCAGACGGAAAAUAUUUGAUUUUACAGACAAAAAUAAUAAUUGAAAAAUCGGCCUUUAGAUUUUGUAUACUUACCUAAAAGAUCUAUAUUUAGGCUUUAUAACAAAAAAUGUUAUCUUAAACUACGUAAUUAAUAUUAAACGUUAGCGAUAAAUCAUAAUGACUUUGUUACUUUGAAAAUUGUUGUUGAAUUGGCGAAAAACUGUGAUAUUGUUUGUUUCUGUUACUAGUUUAUAAAUGGUAAUUUAAAAUACAACUGGAUUUGUAAAUGUAUUCUGUUUUCUUCUAAAACAAACAACUUUGAAAAUUGGACGUAAGUCGUAAAAGAAUUGAGACAAUCUAAGUUUUCAUUCUGUGUUCUAGAAAAUAUGUAGAACAUCUAAAUUGCGUAAUGUAAAUAUAAAAAGAUUUUUUACCGCAUACAAUUGACCACGAUAUAAAUGUAAGAAUAAAAUAUAAGCAAGCAGGUAUAAGUACAUAUGUAUAGAUUUUCAAGAACUAGAUUUACAAACAUGAUAGUGAGGCUAUUUAACCUUAUUCGUUCAUUAAUGAAAGCGCUGACAAAAUAGAAAUGAAAAAACUAGUUAAAAAUAAUACCAUAAACAUAAGUAUAUUUGUUAAAUAGAUAAAUCUAAUGUAAGCGAACAUGACUGUUAGCAUAAGUUAAUGUAAUCAAGCUUUUGAUGUAAAACAAAACUGUGAAUAAAUUUUUCUUACAUAAA